UCCUGUUGUUUUGCUGCUGCUGCUGCUGCUGGUUCUGUAUUUAUACGCCCAAGACGCCCGUUUUACCGUUUCGAGGCCGUUUGCGCUUGUUUCGGGAGGGCUUCGGAGGUCGCGGGCGGGAGGCGGCCAUGAAGAAGUUCUUCCAGGAAAUCAAAGCGGAUUUGAAGUUCAAGUCGGCCGGCUCGGGCCAGAAACUCAACGAGUCGCCUAGGGAAAAAUCCACCAAGGAGAAACCCAAACCGGACACUGCCAAAUGUCGCCAGGGGCCCACCAACGAAGCUCAGAUGGCUGCAGCCGCCGCCUUGGCCCGGCUGGAACAGAAGCCCAAACCUCGCCCUCUCUCGUCCCAAGACGCCAUCCGGAAUCAGGUGAAAAAGGAGCUUAUGGCUGAAGCGGCUGCGAGUGAUAAGGGGCUACCUGUGGAUCAGAAGAAUUCCUUGCCCGAUGUCGAAGAAGACCCUUCCACCCUGUCCGUCUUGGGCGUCUACUUCACUUGCCCGCUGACCGGCGUCCGUCACCGGAAAGACAAAAGGGAGGCGCAGAUCAAAAACGCCAUCCUUGAGCACGCGAACAGAGAUCCCGUGGCCGCCUCCGUCAUGCAGAUCCACACGUUCAACAGGGACGGGGAGAAGGUCAAACUUGGCGUGGAGACCAUCGCAAAGUAUCUUGAUAAUAUCCAUCUCCAUCCGGAAGAGGAGAAAUAUCGGAAAAUUAAGAUGCAGAACAAAAUUUUCCAGGAAAGGAUCCACUGCCUUGAAGGAGCAGACCAGUUUUUCCAGGCGGUCGGGUUCGAGAAGGUUGCUCUGGAUGUCGCCGGACAAGAAGCCACGGAGGACUUCUACGUGUUGAAGGACGAAGCCUUGGAGAAGCUGGAGGACCUGAAGGACCACAAGGAGAAGCUGCUGAACGGGGAGCCGGUGAGGGCUAAGCUGGAUCGACAGCUCCAAAUUUUCAAGCCUUCCCCACAAGCGUCUCGCUUCGAGCUGCCGAGCGACUUCUUCAACCUCACCGUGGAGGAGCUGAGAAGGGAGCAGAGGAUACGGACAGACGCGGUUGAGAAGGCCUCCAUGCUGAGGACAAAAGCCAUGAGGGAGAAGGAGGAACAGCGGGAGCUGAGGCGAUACAACUACACCCUCUUACGCAUUCGCUUCCCUGACGAGUACAUCCUGCAAGGGACAUUCUACGCCCGGGAGCCCAUUUCAGCCGUCUUCCAUUUUGUCCGGGAGACUCUGCAGAACGAUUGGCUGCCGUUUGACCUGCUGGCCCCCGGGGGCCACAAACUGACCGACGAGAACUUGGCGCUCAACGAGAGCGGGCUGGUGCCCUCGGCGCUUCUGACCUUCAUCUGGGACGCCGAGGUCAUGGAGGAUAUCAAAGCCUCCAGGGGCGAGCACAUGGGAAGCGUGCUGAAACCCGACCUGCUGCUCACGGUGCAGAUGCUCUCCUGAAAAUAAAGGCGCGAUGGGGUUGGAUCCGGUUCCGUCCUGUGUGGUCCCCGACUCUUCCGAAGCCGGCCUCUGACUUUCCCUGCUUCCUGCCCACUCGAGCCACAGACGUGACUUUUCCGGCUGGUGUCAGCCGGCUGGCGAGAGGGCAGCUGCCGGCAGAACAGCUGAUUCGGCUUCUCCCCACCCCUCCCCCUGGGCUUGGCACGUGGAGCUGUCAAACUUGGGAGGAUAUUUUUCCAGUGUCGCUUCUUCUAUUUUUUUGUGUCUGCAGUUUCAUCGAUCCCCGUUUUUGCUGAUCUUUUUCUCGCUUCGAAGCACCUUUUGGGGUGGAAAAAGAUCAACGCAGCCAGGCUGAACAAACGGGAGCAUGUCUGCCUAAAAGAUUUCCCCCGGUUACAGUGUCGGUGCCGCUGGCAUUUCUUCUGGAAAAAUGGUUGCUUCACUCAACUCUUUGUUCACGGGGGAGAUACAAGGCCCGGAUGGAGGUCCCGAAUCACGUCGAAUUUAUUAUUAUUUUUUAGGUCGUAGAUAAGCUGUUAGCCUUAUAGGGGAGAAGGAGGAACGUACGUACACUACUCUAGCCAACGAGUGCGUUGUCACUGCUGCUAAGUUGUAGGUUGUGGGAAAGAGUUCUGAAGAAUCCGAUCCCAUAGUUUUUUGGAUUUUUUUCCAGGGGAAGUUUCGGGGAAGAAAUUGUUGCAAGAAAUGUGGGAGAUGAUUCCUCUGGGCUGUACAGUUGCCUUGAGUCUCUCUGCCCCGUUUUUGUGGACUUGAAGCUUCCUCUGUUCUUUGGGAGGAAUAAGGAAUGCUGCUUUAGAUUUUUGUUUGAUGUUGCUGGGGAGGGCAGGGCAAGGAGAUAAAAAUGUGGAGCCACACAGUGCCCCCCCCACCUCACCCCAUUUUAGCAGUGUGGGGUUAACAAUUUUUGAUUUUGUCGGUGGCUCCAAGUAGAGCCUCCUUUCAGAGUUCAACGGAGGCGACAGCGGGGAGCUAAAAUGCCACUGUUACGAUGUACAAAGAUAGAGGUCAAAAAGGGGAGUUUUUUUUUUUUUUUUUAACCUCUUAUCCCAUGGUCUGUGGAGUUUCUUUAAAUUGGAAGCAGGACUCUUAAAACCCACUGAAAUGCAGCCCUUGGAAAAGUCACUUGCAAAAAAAUGUCAUUUUCUUCUCCCCCCCACCCCUUUCCAGGAAGGCUCUGGAUUUAAGUGAUGUAUUUUUUUUUCCCCGAGCAGAUUCAUAACCAAAGUGUGAGGUAUAAAAACGGUACCACUAAUCUUGUUUUGAUGAUGUUUAAAAGCAAGGCAGCUGUUUAAAA